GGAGAUGUCCGACUCAGAGUCUGAGGUUGGCAGUGAAGUCACAGACGGCUCGUCUUAUGACAGCUCAGAUGAAAGCAUAGCGGUGCCGGCAGCCCUUCCUCAGUUUGUCCAGAAGUUCAUGGCAUUUUCCCUUGGACUGCGCCUCUUGCUGUCCGCCAUCAUGAACACAGCAGGGAAAGUAGUGGUCACCAUACUACUAGGGCUGGCAGGCAUCGCUCUGCCCUCCCUGACCUCAGUGGUGUAUUUCGGGACGUUCCUGGGCCUGGUGUGGUGGUGGGUUUUUCUCCACUCCCUCAGCUUGCUGCUCUUCGGUACCCUCUGUGUGAUGAUGGCUAUAUUCAGCGCCGGUCACCUGUUGAGCCUCUACCUGUACCAGCUGCCCCUGGCCCAACAGAUCGUACCCCCACAGGACAUCUACGCCAGGCUGUUUGGUAUAACAGCGGUCAUCCAAACCAAUGAGACUGAGCCAUACAGUCUGGGUCUGCAGCCAGACAUCAGCUGGCCUGUCUUCACCAACCCCAUGGUGCUGCUGCUCCUUUAUUACACACUAGUGGCUCUGCUGCGCAAGUGGGUCAACAUCACUGAGGAGGAGGAGGAUACUCUGGAGAAGUCUGAGAGUCCAGUAGAAUCCCUUGAGGAUCCCUCCAGCUUCUCCAAGCUACUGACCAAGUCAGAGGAGUUGAAAGAGAUGAGUGAGGAAGAGAAGGAGAGGAGUGAGGUGUCUAUGAGUGAUACAGAGACUGGUCCCACCCCUCCUGGCCCCAGUGGACUGGUUGUGUUCGGCUUGUUCAUCAUGAAGCACAGCUACGUCAGCGCACUCAUCAUCAUGAUGGUGUGGAGCAUCACCUAUAACAGCUGGCUGACAUUUGCCCUGCUGGUGUGGUCGUGUCUGAUCUGGAUAAUGCGUGACCGUCGGCGCUACGCCAUGAUGAGUGCUCCCUUCCUGGCAGUGUACGGCACCGUGCUGCUACUGCUUGCCUUCCUGAGCAGUCUGAGGCUGCGGAGGGAUGAGCUAUACCCUGACCUAGCCCACGCUGUGCUGGUAGAUUUUGACAUGGCCAGUUACCCAGCACCCUGCGUCCACCUGGGAGCCAAGGUGUUCUACGCCUUUAGCUUCUUGCUUCUGUUCCGUCAACAACUGAAGGAGAAACAGGAAGAGCAGGAUCUGAAGGAGUCAGAAGAGUCUCUGGAUGAAGUCAAAGUGCUACCACCGGAUGAAGGUGAUACCUCCCUCAUAAUGGAGAUGCUAGGUUCAGCGGUCAAGGGAACCCUGGUGAAGUACUGGAUCCUGUUCUGCUGCUCCAUGUUCUUUGUGGUCAGCUUCUCCGGGAAGGUGAUGGUCUACAAGAUCCUCUACAUUGUGCUGUUCCUCUUCUGUGUCGUCCUCUAUCAGAUCCGUUAUGACGUGUGGAGGCGAGUGCUGAAGUACUUUUGGGCGGUGGUGGUGGGCUACUCCAUGGUUGUCCUGAUAGCCAUCUACAUGUACCAGUUUAAGACCGUGUCUGGCCUGUUCAGACAGAUCAUGGGCAUGUCUGAGGAAGGUCUCCGUGAUCUGGGGUUGGAGCAGUACGACACUGUGGAGCUGUUUGCUCGGAUACUCCUCCCGGCAGCCUUCCUAUUGGCCUGCAUCCUGCAGCUGCACUAUUUCAACCAGGACUUCCUGGAGCUCACCAAACUGGACAACAUACCUGUCCGCCAGGGACAAACCAGAGUGGAAGAGCUGAGAAAAUCAGUCAAUGUGAUAGCUGACAUAAUUAAAGAAAACAUUGAAAAGUUACAGAAACGGAUGGCGAAGGAGCAGAGAAAGCAGAUGAGUGAGGAGUCAGGACGUGUGGGGAGUCAGCACACGUUGGACAGUGAUGGACUGUCUGCCUCAUCAGAGAAGAAAUCUGAGGAGGACCGGGAGGGAACAGGCGCCCCAGAGGAGCGUCUGACCCAGUGGGGAUUGAUGGUGGACCGGGCUGGCCUGCUGCUGCUCCAGGCUCUGGCUGUCUUCAAGCGGGCUCAAGAGAUAAGUUGGAGGCUGCUGGAGCUCCACAGCCUCAAGAUCGUUUCUACCGGCAUUAUCUGGGUGUCCCUGCAAGAGGUGUCUCUGAUGAACUUCCUGUUUCUGGUACUGUGGGCCUUUGCCCUGCCCUUCCCCCGGCUCCGCCCCAUCGCCUCCAGUGUGUCCUCAGUCUGGGCCUGUGUCAUGGUGGUGUGUAAGAUGCUGUACCAGCUCAAGGUCAUCAAACCUCUGGAGUACUCCUCCAACUGUACCACUAGCCUGGUGUCAGUUAAUGGGACAGGGCUGGAGCUGGAGGGGAACAUGGCAGAGCUGCUGAGGAGGUCUGUGCUUUAUGUGAAGCCUGUUGACCCAGCCAUAUGGUGUGGAGAGCUGCGCAAGUGUGAAGACAGGAUCUUGCCCUGUCUCAGGAACCACCUGAUGGUGCUGGGGCUGCUGGUGUUUGAGGUGACGGUCCAUAGACACCAGCUCUACUAUCGCCUCCACAAUGACCUCAAGGUCCCCACCUUCAGCAUCAUCUUCCAAGGCAUCACACGCCAGCACCUGGACCAAGGUAUCCUGCCCUGCAUCAAGUACUUCAUCAACUACUUCUUCUACAAGUUUGGCCUGGAGGUGUGCUUUGUGGUGGCGGUGAAUGUGAUUGGCCAACGGAUGGAUUUCUAUGCGCUGCUGCACUCCUGUGCUCUGAUGGCUGUUCUGUCACGACGACGCAGGAAGGCAAUAGGGGAGGUGUGGCCUAAGUACUGCUGCUUCACUGCAGGACUCAUGGUGCUGCAGUACCUGCUCUGUAUCGGCAUCCCUCCCGCUCUCUGUGUCGAUUAUCCAUGGAGGACCUCCAGUCAGGCCCUGACCUCCAACCUCAUCAAGUGGCUUUAUCUGCCUGACUUCGCCAUGCGUCCUGCCCCUUACUUCAUUUUCUACGACCACCUCCUGCUCAUGUGCUCAUCGCUGCAGUGGAAGGUGUUUGAGGAGGAGAACCGUGCCGCGGUGCGCCUUAUGGGCGGGGAGAACGUGGAGAUCAGCCGCAGCUUGGACCCACGCUCCUUCAACCAGUACAUCCCUGUCAACAACUUCCUCCACUGCAGGUCCUACCUGGACAUGGUCAAGGUGUUUGUGUUCAGCUACUUCUUCUGGCUGGUGCUGUGCCUCAUCUUCAUCACAGGCACCACCCGCAUUAACAUCUUCUGCCUGGGCUACCUGCUAGCCUGCUUCUACUUCAUGCUGUUCGGGGGCAGCCUGCUCAUGCAGCCUGUACGAUACAUCCUCAGGCUCUGGGACUGGCUCAUCGGUUACACCUGUUUUGUCAUCGGCAUGAAGAACCUGCUAUCUCUUGGCUCAUGUGCUUAUCUGGACAGCCUGUUGAAGAAUGGUUGCUGGCUAAUUCAGGCCUUCAGCAUGGUCUGUACAAUCAAAGGCUAUGAUCUCCCUGCUCCUGAUGAUGAGUGUGAGCUGCCGGAGGGGGAGGCGGGCAUCGUGUGGGAUGCGAUCUGCUUCACCGUGCUCCUGGCUCAGAGGAGGGUUUUCCUCAGCUACUACUUCUUGUAUGUGGUGUCUGACCUCAAGGCCUCCAAGAUCCUGGCCUCCAGGGGUGCUGAGCUCUUUGAAGCCAAAGUGAAGAAACUGGUUGCUGCAAGACUGGAGAUGGAGAAGAAGUCUGUGGAGACGCUGAAGAAGCAGAUGGAGAAGAUCAAAUCCAAACAGAAGAGUAAGCCUGGCCAAGGAGACGUAGCAGCGCCCCCUACUGAUAUAGUGCCAAAGGGUGAAAUUGAGAAGGCAGAGAAUGAUCAGGAGAAAUGGUGGAGACCAUGGGUUUCACGGCCUGGUGUUGAAAACAACUGUGGCUACCAUCUAUUUGAGAGUGACAGUGAAGAGGAAGAGGAGGAAGUCCAGGAAAAGAAAGAGGAAGAGACACUAACAAAGAAGAAAUCUGCUUUUCAGUUAGCCUAUGAGGCAUGGGUCACAAGCUCAAAAGCAGCCCUAAAUUUGCACAGAAAAGAAGAGUCGAAGAUGAAAAAAGAGGAGAAGAGAAGGGCAAAGAGACAGCUGCAGAGACAGCAAGGCAUUGAGAGGGACGAGUCUAGUGAGGAUGAGUUGGAAGAGGAAAAUGAAGUGGAGGAGAAAGAAAAUAUAUUUCAGAGGAUUAUCGACUCACUCAAGUUUUUAUGGGUGUUUAUCCUGUCCCUUCUGGAUGACCUCACUGAGGGCCUGAACUCCUUCUGCAAAGAUGGUCUAGACAUCUCCAAAGUGCUACGUUUUGAAAGGGCUCUUCUAGGCCAGCAACAGAAGAAGGGGAAAGAGGUGUCACAGGAGAGCGUGAAGCGCUUCUAUGAUAACUGGAUGUCCAGACAGAACACCCUGACCUCCCUGGAAGACCAGGAAGACAUAGUUCCCCCUGUCUCCUCCCCUCCACCUGUGCCGUCAUCAGCACGAGGUUACUCCAUGUUGAAACACACCCACUCCAAAAUCUCCUGGGGUAGCAGCUUGUCCAGCUGCAUGACGGAUGAGACCCUGCUGGGGUCUCGUCAGCCCACUCUGGAUGAGCUGGAUGACCCUCCUAUACUCCAGGCCGCUGCCGACCAACUCAGACGGAAACUACUGAAAACUACCAAACUGGACCUUGACUCAUUUGACACUGAAGACCCUCCACUAAGCCAUGAUGAUACUGUUCCCAAUAAGGAGGACAGUAAAGAAGGAGAGGAUGCAUAUGAAGAAGAGGAGGGGGAAUAUAAAGUGGAGGAGGAAUAUAGAAUGGAGAAGGAGGAAUGGAGGGAGGAAGAAGAGGAGGAGAGGGAAAAAGCUGUGAUGAUUUCAGGAUCCAUCUCCCUGGACUAUCUGGAGUUUGAUGAGAACAGCGAAGAUUUCCCAGACUCCUCCAGGCCUCUUAGUGAGACCAGGAACCUCACGGCCAGUGAGCUACUGCUCAACAAUAUGUUUGGGAAUGAUGAAAUUGAAGCGUCUGAUCAGUUCUUCCAGUCUCUCCCGAGACACCUGAGACUGGUGUUUGCCCUGUACAACACCAUGGUGUCUAAGUCAGAGAUGCUGUGCUACUUUGUGAUCAUCCUGAAUCACAUGGUGUCGGCCUCGCUGCUCAGUCUGAUCCUGCCCAUCCUUAUCUUCCUCUGGGCCAUGCUGUCUGUGCCACGCCCAACCAAGCGCUUCUGGAUGGCAGCCAUCAUCUACACAGAGCUGAUUGUGGUGGUCAAGUAUUUUUUCCAGUUUGGCUUUUUCCCCUGGACCACCUCGGCCUACCGAGGCAUCAAUGCGGACCGGCCCUUUGCUCUGCCCAACAUCAUUGGGGUGGAGAAGAAAGAUGGCUACGUUCUCUUUGACUUGAUACAGCUCCUGGCUCUGUUCUUCCAUCGCUCCAUUCUAAAGUGUCACGGUCUUUGGGAUAACAAAGAGGUUGAGAUGCCGGACUUCUUCAAGAAGUUAAAGAAGAAGACUGAGAAGAAGAAGAUGAGUGGAGGAGACAAAGCAGGGGAUCAGCCGAAGCGAAGACUGCCCUUCCUUCCUCUACAGGCCUCAACUGCAUCCUUGUUUCGUAGACGGGGAAAAGCCAACUCCACUGAGACAAACGAUGAUAUGCAGCUCAAAAAGCGCCACUCGAAGAAGAGGCACCACAAUAAAGUUCCCCUGACCAGGAAGGAAAGGAUCAAGAAGCUAAUCAGAGAAAGGAUGCUAGAGGCUAAAGCUGCUAUCAUAGAAGUUGCCCUACACAUAUACCUACCUAUCAGGCAGUUCUUCUAUGACAUCAUUCACCCAGAGUACAGCCCAGUGUGUGAUGUCUACGCUCUCAUGUUUCUGAUCGACGUGGUCAACUUCGUUGUCAUAAUAUUUGGAUACUGGGCUUUUGGGAAACACAGUGCUGCGGCUGACAUCACAGAUGCUCUUGGGGAGGACCAGGUCCCAUCGGCCUUCCUGGUCAUGCUGCUCAUCCAGUUUGGGACCAUGAUAGUGGACCGUGCUCUCUAUCUCCGCAAAACCCUUGUGGGAAAAUGUGUCUUCCAAGUGGUGCUGGUGUUUGGUAUCCACUUCUGGAUGUUUUUCAUACUCCCUGGGGUGACUGAGAGGAGGUUCAACAUGAACCAGGUGGCACAGUUGUGGUACUUUGUGAAGUGCAUCUACUUUGGCCUCUCAGCCUACCAGAUCAAGUGUGGCUACCCAAAUCGUGUGCUGGGAAACUUCCUGACCAAGAACUACAACUACCUCAACCUAUUCCUCUUUCAAGGGUUCCGCCUGGUUCCGUUCCUCAUAGAGCUGCGUGCCGUGAUGGACUGGGUCUGGACCGACACCACCCUCAGCCUGGGCAGCUGGAUCUGUGUCGAGGACAUUUAUGCCAACAUUUUCAUACUCAAGUGCUGGAGGGAGUCGGAGAAGAAAUACCCACACACCCCAGGGCAGAAGAAGAAAAUGGUGGUGAAGUAUGGAAUGGGCGGCUUCAUCAUAUUCUUCCUCAUCAGCGUAAUUUGGUUCCCCCUCCUCUUCAUGUCAUUGGUCAAGUCAGUGGCUGGGGUGACCAAUCAGCCUCUAGAUGUCUCAAUUCAGCUCAGCAUAGCAGGAUAUGAGCCACUGUUCACAAUGAGUGCCCAGGAGCAGAACCUGAUGCCAUACUCAGAGGCAGGCCUCAACCGGCUCACCAACCUCUAUGCCACUCACCCGUCAGCCAUGCAGUUCCUUGUGAACUACAUGGCCGAGGACAUUGUCAUUGCAAAGAUCAAGAGUGAUGCCAGUCUAAUGUGGAGCAUCAGCCCUGCCAGCCGUGAUGCUAUGAUCCAUGAACUCAGCAACUCCACCCACAUCUACAUCACCCUGAGAUGGGUACUACUCAGGAAUGCGUCUCUGUCGAUGAACGUGGAGACCGUUGGGGAACACACUGUCAAGUAUGAGGACAGGGCCUUGAGGGACCAGAUAGUUCAGAUGCUCAUAGGGACACGCAGUGACUCUGUGGUCAUUGAGUCUCUCCUGCCCAAGUUCAUCAGAGGUCCCGGAGGACUGGAGUCCAAGAUGGCCACCCGUCUGGAAGUAGAACACUCAGAUAGGCCUGAGGACCUGCAGAUGUUGGCCUUCUACCGGCCCCUGUCCAUCAAACUACAGCGGGCAGAAGACAGUGGAAGUGCAGAGGGGGGUCAGUGGUGGAUGGUGGAGGAAUGCACUCCUGGACAAGGGCACAUCCAGAGCAGCUGUCACAGCAUUGAGAUAGUGGUUUUCAACGACAAAGUCAGCCCCUCCAGCCUGGGUGCUCUAGCAGGACAGGGAAUCGUGGGCCUGUACAUGUCUGUGGUGCUGGUCGUUGGAAAGUUUGUCAGGGAAUUCUUCAACGGGAUAUCCCGCUCCAUCAUGUUUGAGGAGCUGCCGUGUGUGGAUCGGGUGUUGAAGCUCUGCACGGACAUCUUUGUUGUGCGAGAGACUGGUGAGAUGGAGCUGGAGGAAACACUUUUUGAGAAGCUCAUUUUCCUGUAUCGCUCGCCAGAAACCAUGAUCAAGAUGACCAGAGAGAAGAGAGACUAGAGAGCACUAUGACAUUUUAGUUACGAAAAGGAUGAUUUGUUUGUUUGUAUUCCUACUGUACAAUGCAUGCAUUUUGAAUCACUGACUACUUUUAAGUGAUUCAAAUUUUUACAAAGACCGUAGGCCGUAAUCAUAGAAAUGUGCUCCAAGUGUGAAACUAUUUAAUUGAAGUUGAGAUGCGACAUUGUCAUUUUAGAUUCAAAUGGCUUGUAUAGAGCUUACAGAUGCACGUCUGCUCUACAGAAUGUAUUUCUCUCAACAUUCUGCAACUUUAUACAUCCCACUGAACACAACCCUGUUUCAUUGCACUGAAAAGCUCAUCUAGAAGUAUUCACUCUCAUUUCACACUGUACUCCACCUCUGUGUACAGUAUUUAAUUAAAUGAAUAAAAUUCAGAGAUUAUAUCCUACUUUUA